AUUCAAACUACGCAUUGGACCGCCAUCGACCACCACAGCUUGCCGAGCGUUCGCCGGGCCGUCCCGCCAGGGACCAUCAUAUUGCAGGGUGCUCAGUUGUCUUGAGUUGGCGCACCGCGGCAUUUCAGCUAAUGAAGCGACCGAAUCGAGUAUCUAGGACUUAGCAUGGCGUGAUUGUUUAUAUCGCUACCUCAGACCGUUCAGUUUCCUGCACUAAAAGACUAACUAGAGCUUCACACUUUAUGACUUACGAAGUACUUAUCUUAGUUUCUUUCUGCUUAGACUAUCUACUCUUUCUAAUCUAACUACAAUAAUGUCGUCCUCGCCGUCCUCUUUAUCCCUCGCCGUCUCGAUCGACGACUCUCUAGCUUCCACGUGGUGGACUUUCAGCUGACUAUCCCCUCUGUCGCGGCAGUAGGCCUCGAUCUUCCAUGCACAUAGCAUUCCUUUCAACCCGGCCGAUCCACCGGACCUACAUCUGCAACCUCCACCGAGUCAAUCGAGGGAGUCGUCAACCUCGUUCUCAGAGCGGCGCCACCGCAUGAAGUGGCGUUUCUUGACGACGGCUCGUGCCGACACCACCCCCACCACCCGUUUCCGUCUGUACACGAAUGCGAAAUCAGGCGUAUAUACAAUGGAUUGACAAGCCACACAUGCGUGGCUCCAUCAUUGAUACCUCGGCGAGCUUCGUCGCACACAAGACUACGUACUGCUUCAAUAUUAUGCGCAUUGAAGCCGAUGCCCACCUCCAAGUUACGACCGCAGUCGUGAUUGGCCGCGCCCAAGACGGGUUGGUCAAGGACAACUCAAUUUUCUGAUUGUUGGAGCCGCGACUCGAGAUCUGCAAUUUGAACGCGGCUACGCACCCGGCAGGUUUUUCCCCACACAGGCUUGAUUGUUGCCUCGAGACGGACAGUCGUUGGGAGGGCGCGAAAAAAAAUCCUGCAGGAAUCAUCCUCUUCGCUUGGCCCGCGCCGACAUUGCCGCGGCCCGUGUCCUUGCCGUACAAUCUUGCGCCGCCGCAGUACAUACAAUAUGUGAGCAAGUCUCAUCGCACGCGACAAACCCCCUGGCUCUUUACAGAGUGUUCUGCAAUCUAUCUCCCCUUGUUUCGGCAUUUUGUCAUCGCAGCAGGAUGCCGUCAUCCAGCCUGGACGUCGACCCCGAGAAGGGCCUUGACCUCGACCCCCGGACGUACCCUGUCGACGGGACAGAUGGGACCGAUACCGUCGCCGGCAGCCGCGCAGAUGACGCCACUGUUGGGGGCGAGACACGCUCGUCACAGCAUGGGCCUGGUGGUGGUGGUGGCGGCGGCGGCGGCGGUUUGCUGGCCCUGCUUCGCGACUUUGAAGCGCACAUGGACGCCAAGUUCGGCGUCGAGUCCGAGGCCAUCGAGCGAAAGCGCCCGGAAGACAGGAACCCCGUCUCGUGGACUGAGGAGCUAUCCAUGGCCCUGCUCUGGGCCAGCGGCGUCAUGAACACGUCGUGCUUCGCGACGGGGUUCCUGGGCGCGCAGUUUGGCCUGAGCCUGAGACAGUCCGUCCUCAUCACCGUCCUGUCGUCUGUUGCUGGCGGCGCCGUCAGCGGCUACUGCGCGACCUUUGGUGCCGCGACGGGCCUGCGGCAGAUCAGCGUCAGCCGGUAUAGUUUCGGCUGGUGGCCGAACAAGCUCAUCGCCAUCCUCAACUGUAUCCAGCAGAUCGGCUGGGCCGCCGUGCAGUGCAUCACCGGGGGGCUGGCCCUGACGGCCGUGUCGGAUGGCAGCGUCUCCCUCAUCCUCGGCGUGGUUGUCUUGGCCGUGGUUGCGCUCCUCAUCUCGCUCGUGGGGCUGAACGCCAUCCUCGUGUACGAGCGAUACGCCUGGAUCAUCUUCUUCGUCAUCUUUCUCAUAGUGUACGGCGAGACUGGCAGGUUCGCCGACAACACGACGCCCGCUUCGGUGACCGGCGCGACGCUCUCUGGCUCUGUCCUCAGCCUGAUUGCGACGGUGUACGGCUCGAGCUCGUCUUGGAGCACCAUUACCAGCGACUACUACGUUCACUACCCGGCAGGCGUCAGUCGCAUCAAGGUUUUCUUGAUGACCACCUUCGGCAUUGCGAUCCCGACCUCCAUCGGCAUGGUGGCAGGUUGCGUUGUUGCGUCGACGUUUACCAACAGGCCCGAUUGGGGCGACACCUACGCCAACCGGGGUCUCGGUUAUCUCAUUCAGGACAUUCUGUAUCCCAGAGGCUUUGCCAAGUUUCUCCUCACCCUGCUCGUCUUGUCGGGCGUCAACAACAUGGUCAUGAAUCUUUACAGCGCCGCAAUCUCCUUCCAGCAACUCGCGCGCCCAUGCGCUCAGAUCCCGCGCAUAGUCUGGACGCUGUUCUGCUUCGUUUGCAUCAUGGCGCUAGCAAUUGGCGGCAGAGCUAACCUUAAUGACUAUCUCGUCAACUUCUUGAGUCUUCUUGGCUACUGGUGCACCAGCUAUGCCAUAAUACUCUUCGAAGAACACGUCUUCUUCCGCAAAGGGACAUUCAGCAACUAUAACCUGGAAGGGUGGAACGAUCCUGCCAAGCUGCCUCUGGGAAUCGGUGCCGCCGUGGCAUUCCUGCUGGGAGUGGUAUCAUGGUGUAUGGGAAUGAGCCAAACCUGGUUCGUUGGGCCGCUCGCAAGAGACAUCGGAGACAAUGGAGGGGAUGUCGGCAACGAGAUAACAUUUGUAGUGACAGCCCUGAGCUAUGCUCCAGUGAGAUACCUGGAGCUCAAGUUUGUCGGGCGUUGACGGCCUCAUCGAGGUGGGCGGAGAAACGGCAAGGGGCCACUGAUUGAUGAGCCGAGCCCCAUGCGCCAGCGUGAAACAAUCUCGUCUUGAUUGUCAAAUCAGACGUGGUCCUCGCAGUUGUCAAUCUUAUUCAGGGGCCGCAGGAACCCACGUGGCCAAGUGUAGCCGAUUAUAGAUGUGUA